AACGAAUUGAACUUGGUGAAAUCGAACGAUGUUUACUUAACAUCACAUCCAUCUCUGCUUGUGUUGUCAUGAAAUGGAAUGAUGAUUACUUAGUUGCUUAUGUUCAAUCUUCUCAUGUGAAUGAGGUAGAAAUACGUCAACAUUGUCAAUCUCAUCUUCCACCACAUAUGAUUCCAUCCAUAUUUGUUAUACUUGAUAAACUACCUUUGAAUCCAAAUGGAAAAAUAGAUCGAAAACUUUUACCACCACCUAAUUUUUCAUCGUCAACGGAUAAUAUUGAUGGUAAUGUGCCGCACACUACUUUGGAAGAACAGUUACAAGAUGUAUUUAGUCAAGCCUUUCGUAUUGAAACUCCUCGUGUUGAUGUUUCUUUUGGUCAACUUGGUGGUACAUCAUUAGGUGCUAUUCUUGCACUUACAUUGAUUCGUCAACAGAUUUCUAAUAAAGUUGACAUUGGUCUUUUAUUUUUUAAUCCAUCUAUUCGACAAUUGGCUCAAGCUAUAGAGCCUUUAUUAGUUGUCGAAGAACUACAAGAGGCAGCUUCUACACUCAAUAAAAUUCAUGAAACACAUGAUCGUCUGACACCCUCAGUUGUCAUAGAAUCUUUGGGUAUUGCACUCCUAGUUUGCCAGUGGUUAUUACCAAUUAUGAUAAUUCAUCAAUGGUGUCCACUAUUUUUUCCUAUCUUACCAAUAUGUCAUCUUUUAUUCUAUGUCAUAUGUUCACGUCUAUUUGCACCGCAAAACAUCAAAGAUCACAAUGUGUUCUCUUGGUGCUAUUAUCGAUGGUGGUUUUUAGAUCGAUUAUGGAAUAACAAUACAUUUUGGUUACAACAUACACUUGGCACACCUUUGUACAAUUACUAUCUUCGUCUUUGCGGUGCUCGGAUUAAUCUCAACGCACAUAUUUAUACAAUAAGUAUUGAUGCUCCAUGGUUGUUAGAUAUUGGUGAUGGAACUUGGAUUGCUGAUAAAACGACUCUAAACUCUUUAUAUUACAAUGAUAAUAAUACUUUUACAUUACACUCAAUUAAAAUUGGUUGCUAUUGUUCAAUCAGUGCUCGAUCAAUUCUGUUUGGUGGAGUUGAUAUGCAAGAUAAUAUUAUUGUUCAGCCUAUGUCAUCAGUCACUGGUUUCAUCGCAUCUCGAACGAUUAUCGAUGGUGACGAACAUAAAUCGGUUUCAUCAGACAUUUCAAUCACACAUAGUAACAGAUCAUUCUCAAUAUGGCACAAGAUCUAUCAAGUUAUUACAAUCAUCUCAUUGAUCUGUAUUCAUUGUACACUCUUAGCCAUUGUUUACAAAGUUUAUUCAGUUGAACAAAUACCACUACCUAUUAGUAUUGCUUUUUGCUGGACUUCAUGGUCAAUUAUUGCCUGUUUUCUCACUCUCUUUCUGUUAAAAUUCGUAGUUGGUUCUUGUGCUGCUGGUGAGACAUAUAUAACUGCAUCAUGGUCAUAUUUACACAAUGUUUGGCUUCGUCAAUUAAUUGUAUCUAGUUUUCAUUAUGCCUGGUCACUACCAACUGGAUAUGAUUAUCUUUAUCCUUUGAUUCUCCGUUGGCUAGGUGCUCAAGUUGAAAAUGAUGUCAAACUUGCUGAAAUAGACAUCUUCUUGUCCUAUCCAACAAAUCUGUUGAAACUCGAAACAGGAAUCACUAGUUUUGCUUAUGUUUUAUUAGUUCCUACUGAAAUAACACUUUCAGGUGAUCAUCGUGUAGAUUGGGUAACACUCGGAUCUUAUACAAAUCUAGGUAAUUUUUGUUCAAUUUUACCGGGUAGUCAUCUUGCAUCUCAUACUAUGGUUGGCAAUUUAACACGUAUCACUCGAGAAACGAAUAGCAACGACGGAGAUAUUUUUAUUGGUGUUCCUGCUCGAGCUAUACCAUUUAAAGUGCCUUUUAAACAAGCAACGGAAGAUGAAAUUAAAACUAUCCCGUUUUGGAAGACAUGUUUUUGUUAUUAUAUUAGUAAAUGUCUUCUCAUAGGUAUCUAUUGGUUAGGUGGUCUUGUUGGCGGACCAGUCAUUCAUACAAUAAUUGUUUGCAGUUUAUAUCAACGGCAUUUCUAUGCAGAUGAUGAAACACUCCAACAAAUAAUAGGAAAACUUGGAGAAGAUCACCGAAUUUUUGUUUGUUCAUUUCUUGGUAAUACACAAUGGCUAAUUCGAUUAUUUCGAAUAUACGGUGCAAACAUCGGCACCAAUGUGAUUGUACCUAAUAUUUCUUCUAUUUUUGAUUACAAUUUGGUGACUAUCGGAAGUCAUGUUCGACUUAAUAUUAAUGCUCAUAUUGUGUGUCACACUUUCGAACAGCGUAUUCUGAAACUAGUUCCUGUUACAGUAAGCCACUCGUGUGUUCUUAUGUGUGGCUCAAUUGUAAUGCCAGGUUGUAAAUUAAUGGGUAACAAUCGGCUUUAUCCGUUUACACUCGUAAUGAAAAAUGAUUUAUUACAACCGAACACACAAUGGAAAGGACUUCCUGCACAAUCUUAUGCAGCAAAACCAAUAUUAUCUCGAUCUGCACCCGUUUGUGAUGAUGUUGUCAAAUGUCAACAGAAAUCUGAGAACUUUGAUCGACUUUUUUUGUGGUAUAAAAAAAUUUCAAGUAUCUAUACGAACGUCAAUGAACUACAAUUUAUGAAUUGGGGCUAUGCAGAUUUAGAUGAGUAUAUUGAUGGCAAUACUGGUUACUAUUCAAAGAAACUUUAUCAACAGGUACUUGCUAAUGUAACACUUACAGAUAAAAAUAUACUCGAAGUAGGUUGUGGUAGAGGUGCUGGUGCUGCCUGGUGUGUUCGUACAUAUGCUCCUCGCUCUUAUGUUGGAAUAGAUCCUUCUCGAGAUAUUAUUAACCUAUGUGAACAAGUUUAUUCAACAAUUCCUCAACUCUCGUUUAUGAUAGCUGAUCCAAAAACUCAUUUAUCAUUUCAAAAUGAAUCAAUCGAUGUUGUUCUCUCGAUUGAAACAACAAAUAAUUUUGAUGAUAUAGUAGCCGUGAAGCAAUUCGUCAAUGAAGUUACUCGCGUGCUUACUCCUAAUGGAUACUUUCUCUGGUGUGGCUUGUGUAAUGUAGAUGGAUCAAGUGUAUUGAUUGA